AUCGAAAUCCAAAGCGAACAAUAUAUUCAUCGGGAAAAGGUUCGGGAUGUUACAUUACUACUUAACUAGUUACUCCUUGUCCUUGGUCACACAUUUUUUUUUUAACAAAACAAACUACUCAAUUCGGUUCGGCUAAACCCAAUCCGGCCAGGAUUCCAACCUAUUCAGGAGAGGAGUGUAGCAGUUGCAAACAUCACGGCGAGGGGCAAAAAGGCCACGCCACACCGGCGAAAGUAAAAAGAAGUGCUUAGCCAAGGCCAGUCGGCCGCUGUAAUUUCCAGUCUUCUCUCCCCAGCGAAAGCCCCUCUCUCUUACUACACACCCAUCGAUGGCGAAGCCCGACGAGUUCAAGCCGGACCCGCCGUCCGAAAACCCUAAAACCGAAGCAGACGACACCGACGACGAGAAUGGCGACGGCGGAUACGAAGAAGAAGUUGAAGACACAGAAGAGGACGAGCUCGACGAGGAAGAAGAGGAUGAACCCGAACCCGAACCGCGGGUGCGAACUCCACAAUCGGCAGUCCGAAUGCAACGGGCAAAGCUGGAGGGCCUCUUCCAGCGGCUGCAGACGCAGAGCGUGCCACUUCGAGUCCACGAUGUGCUGAUUAAGGGGAACACGAAGACUAAGGAUUACCUGAUCGAAUCGGAGGCGGCGCUGCUGAAGAACUGCACUACUAUGCAGGAGAUCCUCGAGGUCUCCAGAGCUGUGAAUUUCCGGCUGCAAGCGCUAGAGGUAUUCGAUUCCGUCAAGAUCACGCUCGAUUCUGGCCCUCCGGAGCUUCCUGGGACGUCUAACGUCAUCGUGGAGGUUCAGGAGGCUAAAAGCCCCCUUUCUGGCGAAAUUGGAGCUUACACAAAGGCCGAGGCAAGAUCCUCGACUGUCGAAGGAACACUAAAGUUCAAAAACAUAUUUGGUCAUGGCGAUCUUUGGGAUGGCUCUUUUGCAUAUGGUUGGGACCAUAUAUCGGAGCUAAGUGCUGGUGUGCAUUUCCCAAGAUUCAGAGGAUCUUCAUUCCCCUUGGAUGUCCGGGCAUUCCUGCUAUCCCAAGAUUGGCUGCAGUUCUCUUCAUUCAAAGAGAGGUCAAUGGGCCUUUCUGUCGCCUUGCUCUCCUCUAGGAACCAUGACUUGGUCUACAAUCUUGGUUGGCGUACCUUGACUGAUCCAUCACAGCUGGCAUCCAGGUCAGUAAGGAGGCAGCUUGGGCACAGUUUACUGUCAUCUUUGAAAUAUACUUUCAAGGUUGACAGGAGAAAUUCAACUCUGCGCCCAGUUCGGGGAUAUGCUUUUGCUGCUACCUCCCAAAUUGCUGGCCUUGCACCGGAUAGUCGGUGCUCACGUUUCUUACGCCAGGAGGUUGAUCUUCGUUAUGCCAUCCCGCUUGGAAUUCUGAAUUCUGCUCUCAACUUUGGGAUCUCUGGCGGCAUUGUUUUCCCAUGGGGAGCUGGUUUCAAAAACAUGCCUUCACCUCUGCCCGAUAGGUUCUUCUUAGGUGGCAAUUCAUCUCCAAUUAGCAGUCUGGGGGGCCCAACAACGGUAUGGGGAUACAGAACCAGGGGACUCGGCCCUACAGAGUCUCGAAGGCAACUGAAGAGCAAUGAUGGUGAUACUGAGGAUGCUGCGGAUCCUGGAGUUGAUUUUCUUGGAGGAGAUCUUGCUGUUACUGCUUUUGCUGAUCUUUCUCUCGAUUUCCCGCUGAAAUGGUUCAGAGAUAGAGGAAUCCAUGGCCACAUAUUUGCAUCCGCUGGAAAUCUCGAGAGAUUAACGCAAAAUGCAUACAAAGAUUUCUCUCUGCAGAAGUUUGUGUCUUCAUUUCGAACCUCUGUUGGUGCUGGGAUUGUUGUUCCAAUCCAGCCAUUCCGCCUUGAGGUGAACUACUAUUACAUGAUGAAGAAAUUUGAACAUGACCGUGGCAAACCGAGAUUCGGGGUGACCUUCUCUAUGUAGCUUUUGGGAAUCCACUCCAAUUUGAGGUAUGGCAUUUUGCUGGAUUUGUGUCUGGAAUUUGGCAAUUAGAACCCCUUGCAGUCUCCAAAGCUUCAUUGGGUUUCAUUUCAAAUGUAACGUUUGAACACAGACUUGUGGUAAGUCCACAGCUUAGGAGUUUUCACCCCUUGUUUCGUUCUCCUCACGGCGGAAAGAGAUGGACAGAAAUAAUAUAAAUUUAUUGAGGAUCCCGUGUUUGAUUUCGAAGAGGAUUUCAUGUCACAGAAGCAUCUGAAAUAGAUUCUCUAUUUUUUAUUCAAAAGAAGAACGCUCACUUUGAUCUCUAUCAUCUCUUAUUACAAUGCAGUGGUCGAGAUAUUUUGUUUAGUCGACGGGCAGUAUAGCUUGGGUUUUGAAUUUCCAGACUUCUUAACUGGAAAAGAUUUGCAGC